UUGUGUACUACACCAGUGUAUAUUCGAGAGAUGAGUUAACUGGACCACUGGACUCGCGAGGAUAAUAUAUGUGUGUGGGUGGGACGAGCACUCGAACGGCGCGCAUGUGCAUACGUGCAUUAUACAUACGUCCGAAUUUCUGUCAGAAACGAAACUCCGAAAAAUUGACGGAAUUCUUUGCCACUGUUUAUCGUCGCCCGGUCCACCCCACAGCUGUGUUUUGUAUCAUGUGCCGGACAACGAACGUUGCUUAUGAGUUUCAUUCGCGGGACGAAUAUUAUGUUCGUCCAAAGUAUCAUCUUGUUAUACUAGCCAUUACUCGUUUAUACGCAAGCAAAUAUUCUGGGCUGAUGGUUUAGUGUAGGAGGAUUCGUUUGUAUAAACACCAGAAAGUUUAUUGAUAAGAGGAAAAAAUGGCCGAGGAAAACGGCUCCAAUUCGGACAUCGGUUCUGAGGAUAAUCUCACUGCUGAUAUUAUUAACUUGGAAAUUGAGGAGCUGGAUGAUGCAGAAUAUGCAAUACCUGCUGUAGACCAGCUACCUUCCCUUGAAAGUAUAUUAGCUGAGCCAGAUUGUGGUUCGUUAUCUGGUACAGAUGAUGAUUUGGGAGCAGUUUCGCUAGAAAAACUAUCGACCAGUGAAACUAUAAGUGUUGGCAGCUUGCUGUCUCUCAAUUCACCAAGCAGACCAAAAACCCGACAACCUCCGCAGUCUGGUAUUAUUCUACGGCAUGUGAUAUUAAAAGGAAUCUGUGCUCAAAUCGCUUCAGCUAGUGAUAAAAUAAAUGCUGGACUUGCAAGCGCAGUAGCAGCUGGUGCAAAUAUGUUUGUAGUUGGUACAAGCCAUGGAUUAGUAUUAGGAUUUGACUCUUCUCAGACUCUGAGGUGGUGUCACAGAGAUACAAAACACCAAGGAUCGGUAUCUGCUCUUUGCUUUAAUCAUGAUGGGACCAGAAUUCUUGUAGGCUUUGCUAAAGGACAUAUUUUAAUGAUAGAUAGUUCUAAUGGCAAAGUACUACGAAUGUUAAUAGAUGUUCAUCCUCCAGGAACUGCUGUUUUACAUGUUAAGUUUACAGAUUCUCCAAAACUAGCACUUUGUAGUGAUAGUGGUGGUUCAGUUUUUGAAUUGAGUUUCACUAGGACUAUGGGGGUGAGAGGCUGUGAUAGCAAAUGUUUAUUUAGCGGUUCUAGAGGAGAGGUUUGCAGCCUUGAACCGUUACUUCUAGAUGAAGUAACCACACAUCCAUUAAAAAGUUAUGUACUAGUUGCCAUGGCAACUUUAUCAAAAGUUAUUGUCGUCUGCAUCAGACCAAGAAUGCGCGUCGUCUUAACACAUCCAUUGAAUGGACCUCCUAUUGCUCCACCAUUAGUUGGUUGGCAAUUAGUUGUCAUACGUUCUGUUAACGCUACGAGAGUUGUUGAUCCCGUGCUUGCACUUGGUAGAAAUAAUGUAAUUCACUUUUAUCAAGUAUGCAGUGAAGCUGGCAUGAGAGUGAGAUUAAUGCCUCUUCGACGCAUUAUUUUAAAUUACACAAUGAGCAAUUUACGUUGGGUAAACUCGAGGUCUCUGGCAGUACUUGACAUUCAUGAAAAGCUUCACUUGCUUGACGUCCGAACCCAAGAGGAUUUAGAAACCCUGGACGUAAGCAAUGUCGGUCUUUCCUACGCGUCCAGUCAUUUCAAAGGUUUGUCGACCGGUGGCAAUGUAUCCAAAGCAAUGGCCCUCGCGGGCGAGCGAGCUUGCUACAACAGCGUUGUCACGUAUGGCUCGCAGCUUCUACUUCUCGGCAUGAAAAGUCUGCACGCUAUUUGCGUGAGAACCUGGAUGGAAAGAUUGCGUCAUCUGACUAUACAGAAACGAUACAAAGAAGCAUUAGAAUUAGGUCUAGAUUUCUAUCGAGACAAAGCUAAAGCCGUCGUUGGAUUGCGCGGCUCUAAACAGCGACGUAAACAAAUAAUCCAAGAUAAGGUGUGCCAAGUAUUGAUGCGUUACAUGGAUGAACUUCCAACUGCCACUGAUAGCAGCAGCGUCGAGCAGGAGAUUGUGAGUACUUGCGUGGAGUACUGCGUACAACUCGAGUGUACUGAUGUGUUAUUUGGCAAACUAUGGGACAUUGUCUCCGAGUCAGAGAAUUUAAAAUCCAUCUAUCUGAGGUCUUUGGAGUUACCGUUGUUGGAAGCCAGUUUGACACCACAGCUGCCUCCCUUUAUAGCUCAACAACUUGUUGCUCUUUAUAAUCAGGAAGAUAGGCUUGACUCUUUACAAGCUAUUAUAAUCUUGUUGAACGUCGAAUGUUUAGACAUUCAUCAGGUGACAACAAUUUGUCAACAACGAAGCUUAUGGGAAGCUCUAAUACAUUUACAAACUGCAGCUUUAGGCGAUUACACAGCUCCGAUUCAUCAAUUAGUGCCCGUGUUACAAAAACAUCUUCUAGAUAGUGUCGAUAGUGCGCAGCCGUGGGAUUGCAUUAAUUUAGGCAAUGCUCUUCUUGUUUACACGAGCUGCUGCUUAACGGGACGUCAAUUUCCACGAAAGAGUGAGUUGCCUGAAGGACUGCCACGAAAAGUUAAGGCAGAUGUUCUGCGAGCACUUUUAUCUCAACAUUCAAGCCAAGCCAGUGAUUCAGAGAAACAGUAUCCUUAUCUUAGGACACUUUUAAGGUUCGAUGCUAAAGGUUUCCUCGAUGCUGUUGCUAUGGCUUUUCAAGAACCGGAAUUCACAUCUGAAAUAGGUCUUAGGCAACGUCAACGAGUUGUAGACAUACUGUUUAACAUGGUUACGGCAAGCACACCACAAGACCCAGAAAAUUCCGAGUACUUGUCGAACGAGCAAAAGAUAUUCGUUUUAGGUUUUAUAGCGGAUGAAGUGAUUGAGUGUACCGUUAAUUUAGAGCCUAACUCGCUGUUUAGAAUUAUCGAAAUGCUCUGUAUAGAAACAAUCGGGGAAGCGAAACCCCGUCGCGAAAAUAUUAUACUAAAACUCAUUCACGGGAACAAACUUAGUAGUAUAGCAGAAACAACACUUUUAAACCUUACUCGAAAAGCUGAGUUCUUAAGAGUAUCUGAGCUUUUACACACGAAUCGUGGUGAUUGGGAGUCAGUGUGUCAGUGUAUGAUGGCUGAUUCUACGAGGUAUUCCGAAAUUUUACCUCUGCUGCAACAACUGCCUACUAUUCAAGUGGAAGAAAUUGUAAAAAAGCAUACGCAUCAACUUGUCAGAGCCGAUACAUCUGGCCUGGCGAAUAUAAUCACGACAAGACUUGCCGAUCAAAUGGAUCAACUCUUACAAAGUAUCCAAGACGAUCCGCAAUGUGAGUAUGCAUUGCUGUCGUCUUUGUAUGGUUAUACGGAAGCUGAAAAGAAAGAAACGGAAUUCGGUGAUAAAGAAGACGACUCAGAAUCAGAGAAAAAUGAAAGUUUUGCGAAGCUCGAACUCUCGCAAGAAUCUUUGGAGCGCUUUUUAAGACUCAUGUGCGAUAUCGAAUCAACUAGGGUAAUGCGACAUCUUCAAGGAUCUCAUGGCUGUCGGCUCGAACAAGCUCUACAGAUAGUUAAAGAAGUCAAUCGCAAAGAUGCGGAAGCCAUUCUACUCGAACAAUCGGGUAACUAUCAGGAUGCCUUUGACCUUCUACUCGGUCGACUUACCGAAAUUAUUGAUGUGAGCAAACAAAGCGAAUCAACUGAAGACGAAGCCAUUAGAAUUACAUUUCAAUUAUCAAAUUUAUGUAGAAGGUCAGCUGGAGUUCUUGACUGGUUGCCGCUAGUUGAAAGCGUUCUAUCAUUGCAGUCGAAUAAUGACAUUGAAAAAACAAGUAAAAAAUUAGGUGAAAAAUUGUUAAAAGUUAUAUUGCAAACGUUGAGUGGGACGACUGCUUUGGCGACUGUUUUAGAACAUAUUUUAAAACAACCUUUAUUAACUGGUGGUACCAUGGGAGAUGUUAGACAGCUUCUAACUGGAGUCUUAGCACAGUCUAAAUAUGAUCAAGUGCUCGUACAAACAACCGCUAAAUUAGUUAGUCUAGAACUUCAUGAAGCAUUGAAAAAAUCAUUAAAAGAUGCAGGAAAGGCACGCUCUAUCAAUUCCAUGAUCUGUCCCAUUUGUAGACAAGUCUUAUCUCAUGCUGCUGAUUGUAUAGUUAUAUUCAGUUGCAAUCAUACAUAUCAUUUAGAAUGCCUACCAGAACCAAAACUGUGCUAUGAGUGUAUUAAUACAAAGGGUUGGGCACAUCCUGUCACAGACUUUGUACCUCCUGCACCUCGGAAUAUAAAUUCUAAAGUACCUCAGGAAAAAAGAAAAUUGGACCCUCCAGCCUUUAUGCGAAGUAAAAUUACCUCAUUAAGACUUGCACCACCAGUUCCUUGGCCAGAUUUAGAAGAUACUUUAUAGUCUAGUCAUUACUAACAAUCUAAACUGAUGUUAUUCCAUAUUAAAAAUCAGUUCAGAUCAAUCUAAGUCAGCGUGGUGUAUGCUCAAAGUCUUUGUAUAUUUGUAUAAAUAAUUUUAGUUACUGUACAUUUAAUUUUGCACUGUGUAUAAAAAAAGGAAACAUUUUAAAUAUGCAUGUAACGUCGGUGAUGAAAUGGUUAUCCAAUUCUUCCAUGUUAUUUAAUUACAUAAUUUAUCAUCCAAAUAUAUUAUUAUAAUGUUAAAAAAUUAUUCCGAAGAUAAAUAAUUUACCAUAUGAUACUAUGGAAAAAUGUUAUUUGCCUUC